AUGAAUAGGUUGACAUUGUUGCGACGUUAUGAACUAAUGAGAGUUUAUUCACAUAUCAAUCGUAAGGGUUUUGGGGCACCAGUACCGCCAUUAUGGCCGCUUCCGCAAGCACCAAACGCGUCAGGUACUCAAUUACGAUCACGAUCACUGUCACCUCGAACAGUUGAAUCGCAUUCACUGUCACCAUCCACAUCAAUGAAGAACAUGGGACAACAGACAACGCCAACAAGAAGAAUAGGUGGAAAUUCACCUGAUGUUGAUGAACAUGUACUGCAGGAUCAAGGUUCACGUUCUAAAGAAAUAAAUAACAGGCGAGGUGGAGAAGAAGAAGAACCAAAUAAAUGGUCUACGGAAUCGAUGCCGUCCAAGGAAAAAGCUUACUAUAUGAAGUGCAAAAAGUAUUAUCAUAUUACGGAAAUGCCAUUAAUAUCUAUUUCUGAUGAUAUUUUUCGCGAUGAUAUUGAAUUAAAUUUAGCAUCUUUAGUAUUUGUUAUUGAUGAAGAUGAUAAUGCAUUUGAUGAAAAAAUAUUUUUGAAUAGAAUUUACAGCAUAUUAAAUAUAGAUCAUGUCGAUAUUAAAAUAAUGCAAAAGGGUUGUAUUAAAGUCGUGGCGGAAAUUUUCAAAAAUUUCGAUUCUAAAUUUAAAAAAAUUGAAAUUAAAGCUCUAUAUAAAUCACUUACAGAUGAAAUUCAAAAAGAAUUAGGUAAACUAAAAAUCUUCUUCAUGUUUAUGGGUGAUAUUAAAGCAUUAUAUGAGAAACAAAUUUCUCGUUAUGAAGUUACACUGUAUCCAGAGUGGAAUCUUUUAUAUGCAAUUGGUCACACAUAUUGGACUGGCGCUCUUCAAGAUGGGCGAGAUCGUGGUAAUCAACCAUAUUAUUGUCCUGUUGGAUGGAAACGAUAUUCCUUUUAUGUUACUAAACAAUUUUACGAAAAAUUUAAAGGGUGGUGCAUAUGUUAUCAUGGGACGAAAUUUUCACACGGCCUUUCUAUUUUAUUAAGUGGAUUGGCACCAGCAAGUAGAGCACAGCAUGGUGAAGGGAUAUAUGCUACUCCAUCAAUUAUUUAUGCAUCUCAUCCAAGAUAUGCUGAAGUUAAAAAACUUGCAUCAUCGAAUGAAAAGAGUUUUUUUAAAAACGGCAACUAUGUCCAAUUUGUACUACAAUGUCGUGUUCAUCCAAAAGAUAUUAAAAAGAUAGCUUAUGAAACAUUGGAUGCUAGUACCACUAUUGAUUCUAACAUAGAUAAUAAUGCUAUUGAAUGGGUUAUUGAUUCAAAAGGGAAGCCUGUAGUGGAUUUCAAUGAUCCAGAUUCUACUGUUGUUUGUACUGGUUUAAUGAUACGUGUUACGGACAAUCAUCCUGGGCUAUUGCCUGAAUCAGAAUGGUGGUUUAAAUCACAUUUAUGCACGAACGAACGGUGUUGUCAAUUGGGUAUCAAUCUUGAGGAUUUGAACGAAAAAAUACUAAAUCGAGAGAAAUCAAUCAUUCUUUAUGAAUAA